GCCGUGUGAAAAUAGCAGACCAAAAGUUCUUAGUUAACUGCAGCGAGGGAGACUCAGAUUGGAAUGGAGGUAGAAAGAGUUGAUACAGACUGGGUUUAAUUCUGAGCCCUUUUUGGACUGAAUUUAGAACUGCAUUGCAUUGUUCAUGUGAAGAUGAGAGCGGUACCAGCAUCAAAGUAGUGACAGAGUUUUGAUGCCAUAGUCUAUAUGUAUUCAGAGUAUUUUUAUUAAAGAAAAUAAAGAGCCUAGCAGAGAUUUCGUCCUCAUCUGCACCCAACUGCAAAAUCAAAAGUUAAGGAACAGCAUCUGAGGACACUUUGUAGGUGGGAGAGAAUCUAGAGGAUGGCUCUCAAUGAUUGCUGGCUUCAGAGCAUGUCCUGCAACAUCUCUAAUCACAGUAUGGAUCUCCCCAUGAAUGAGGACUGGUUCCACCCAGGGAUCCUCUAUGUCAUCCCUGCAAUUUAUGGGGUCAUCAUUCUGAUAGGCCUCAUUGGCAACAUCACCCUGAUCAAGAUCUUUUGUACCGUGAAGUCCAUGCGAAACGUGCCAAACCUCUUCAUCUCCAGUCUGGCUUUGGGAGAUCUGCUCCUCCUGGUAACCUGUGCUCCCGUGGAUGCCAGCCGGUACCUGGCUGACAGAUGGCUGUUUGGCAGGAUUGGCUGCAAACUGAUCCCCUUUAUACAGCUCACCUCGGUGGGGGUGUCUGUCUUCACACUCACGGCUCUCUCCGCAGACAGGUAUAAAGCCAUCGUCCGGCCAAUGGAUAUCCAGGCCUCUCAUGCCCUGAUGAAGAUCUGCCUCAAAGCCGCAUUGAUCUGGAUCAUCUCCAUGCUUCUGGCCAUUCCAGAAGCUGUGUUUUCUGAUCUACAUCCUUUCUAUGAGGAAAGCACCAAUCAGACCUUCAUCAGCUGUGCCCCAUACCCACACUCUAAUGAGCUACAUCCCAAAAUCCACUCCAUGGCUUCCUUUCUGAUCUUCUACAUCAUCCCACUGUCGAUUAUUUCUGUCUACUACUACUUCAUUGCCAAAAAUCUGAUCCAGAGUGCUUACAAUUUGCCUGUGGAAGGGAAUAUACAUGUCAAGAAGCAGAUUGAAUCCCGGAAGCGCCUUGCCAAGACAGUGCUAGUGUUUGUGGGCCUCUUUGCCUUCUGCUGGCUCCCCAACCAUGUCAUCUACCUGUACCGCUCCUACCACUACUCCAAGGUGGACACCUCCAUGCUUCACUUUGUCACCAGUAUCUGCGCCCGCCUCCUGGCCUUCACCAACUCCUGUGUCAACCCUUUUGCCCUCUACCUGCUGAGCAAGAGUUUUAGGAAGCAGUUCAACACCCAGCUCCUCUGUUGCCAGCCUGGCCUAUUAACCCGGUCUCACAGCACCGGCAGAAGUACCACCUGCAUGACCUCCCUCAAGAGUACCAACCCCUCUGCAGCCACCUUCAGUCUUAUCAAUGGAAACAUCUGUCAUGAGGGGUAUGUCUAGACUGACCAUUGACCCUGCCCGGCUGGGGCCCCUUGGUUUUGCUCUAUGGCUGGUAAAGAACCCUCACAUCUGUUUGUUAUCUCUGUACCCUCUAAAGACCAUUUGUAAGGCUGAGGAGUGAUACAGGCAGGUUGGGGAGAGGCCUAAAUGGAUCUCUGUUAUGUUUGAAAGGCCCAUCAAGGCGUACCUUUUCCAUUUUAAUUUGUGAAUACUUCUUCUGAUGUAGAGCAAACUACCUUUUUUAAGAAAAGAUACCAAAUAGAAAAUUAUUAUUUUAAACAUCAAACCCUGAUAUACAGGUGUGGCCAAUUAAGUCAUAGAAACUAUAUGAAGAACCAAAUUUAUAUAGCAGAGAAAUUAUACAUUGAAUGUCCACUCCGUGGAAGACUUCACUUUGUCAUUUCUUUAAGCAGGAGCUAGUACUUUAAAACUAUGAUUUGAGUCAUAUGUCAGGAAUAUUUAUAAUCACAAAGCAAGAAAAAAAAUUUUGAGACGAAUAUGAAAAGUUGGCCCUAUGAAAGAGUUCCAUAUAUGAAGGACAGUCCCCAAAUUGAUAACACUAGAUACCGGUUCGAGACAAAUCUAAGUGUUGGACAUCACUGAGGAUAUAGGAGAAAUACCUAAGGCAAAAACACAACCAAACACAUAGACACAUAUGUAAAGAUCCAUGUGUGACUGUGGAGUAAUAUCUCACAUUCCGAAUUCUAAGUUGAAUGAAGUUCUUUUUGUGGUUGCCCAAUUAUAAUCAGUUCCACUAUAGAAGAGAAAUCCUUUUGGGGUGGGAGGAAUUGAUCAUGCUAUCAAUUCACCAAACAUUAUAAGUGCAUAAACUAUAGUGUUUAUUUUUUGGUAUAUAGGAUUUUCAGUCAAAUGUACUUACCUAGAUUAUAUCGAAGCGGUAGCUUCAUAGGAGAAAAAAGGAUCAUAUCUGAGUGAAAGUAGAAACAUGUUUACAUUUAACAAGUGAUUCACCUGUAGUCUGCAGGAAGAAAUUAAUACAAGUUCAGUAAUAUUUAUUUCUACCUGAAUAUGUACAACAAAGUUACAGAGGACUU